UCGAUAGAAGUUGACAAAAUUGUAGGCUGCCGUUAGCCAACACUUUUUUGUGGCCAAUUAACAAAUUGUAUCCUAUUUUUGUUGAAAUUAUCACUGAAAAAUAUUGAACAACCAGGAAAAUCCGAAGGGUGUUAAACGCUGGUCACCUGGGCUUACAUAGGAGGCUAUAAUCGACAUGGCCACGCUUCCGCCGCGCAAGAGCCAGACGCCUACGAGGAUCUGCAUCUCUAAACAGCACCUAACACCGCUCCAAACAUUGCUCCAAAUGGGAUUUCCCAGGCAUAGAGCGGAGAAAGCUUUGGCUUCAACAGGGAAUCGGGGAGUCCAGAUUGCCUCGGAUUGGUUGCUGGCCCAUGUCAACGAUGGCACCUUGGACGAGUGCGCCCCUAGGGAGUACAUUAUAUAUGCCUGUCCCACGGGUCCUUUUCUACAGCAGCUGGAGGAUUUCUGGGCCAAGUCGCGCCAAAUGUGCGGUUGGAAUGGAGCACACAACUACGUGCCUCACAUAACCCUGGUCUCGUUUUUUAAGGCCCCUGAUGAGUGCUCGCUGCAACUGUCCAAGGCUCUCAAACAGGUGGUGGACAUGACGGGCGCAUUGUUGGAUCGCCCUCUUAAGCUGGAGCCCUACAUGAGCCAGAACUUCAUGGGCUUCUUCGUGGCCGAGGAGGAUGCCAACUAUCUGAAACGGCUGGCCCUGCAGUACGUCAAGGAGGUGUCCAACUCAAUCAUUAGCGAUACCUAUGAGCAGUUGGACGCCAUUGUGGCCUGCUUUCCCUGGUGCGGUGCUGUCUCCUCGGGCACCCGCUGCAUUCCGCGCAGCAGUCGAUCUAUCUCACUCGAGCCACACGUAAAGAGCCUGCACCUGACGCUUGCCUACCAGUUUCCGCAGGCACAGUUUAAUGCACUGAAAGCACUCGUGGAGACCUUAGACGCUGGCUGCGCCUCCAAUUGGGAACUACGUCUAUAUUCCCGCGAUCCUCGGCUCGCCACCAAACAAGUACAGAAGGUAGUUUAUCCACACAACCCGCACGAGACGGAUGAACUGGAGCUCCGCAUUGGCGAUUAUAUCUACUUGAACACUGAGGUGGUGGACAGUUCCAGUGACGGUUGGGCCGAAGGCAUAUCUUGGUUGACCGGAAGCACUGGCCAUUUGCCUGUCAAUUACACCGAGCGCACGGCCGAAUCGGACGCCUGGACCCUGCAUCGCGUGGUCCAACUCUCCAAGAGCGUAGCCUCUUCUUUGACUUCCGCCGAGGAUCUCGACAUUGUGGACGGACGCAGUAUAUCUACGGAGCCCGAGGAACGCCACAACACAGCACAUCCCGAUAUAAUUGAAGGCUCUUCUUUUGAGGAAUCCGAGCAGAGUGUGGAGAAGUAUUUGAGACAAACCUUGAAGCCCUGCCUGGAACUGCCCUCCGUGCAAUUGCUCAACAGCCACAACCUAACCCAUCAGCACAACCCAAACACGCCCACGAUCGAGAUUACGACCAAUAUGUCUUCUUCCUCCACCUCCGCGUCCAAGCAAGCGGUGGACGAGAUUUUGGUGGAACCACCGGUAGCACAGCCUCCGCGUCCAGAUGACACACUUAGUGUGCACUCGGACCACUCCUUGCAUCCUGGAUCUCUUGACGCCUCGCAUGCCAAGAAUAGAAAGAUCUACAUUAUGCGGCAUGGCGAGCGAGUCGACUUUACUUUUGGGACAUGGAUUCCAUACUGCUUCGAUGAGUUUGGAAACUACAUGCGGAAGGAUCUAAACAUGCCCAAGACGCUGCCUCGUCGAAAGAACAGUCCCGAGGGCUGGCAGAAUGACUCGCCGCUGACCAAUGUGGGUGUCUAUCAGGCCAAUCUUAUUGGUCAGGCUUUGCUUGAGGCUGAAGUCCAGAUCGACCAUGUUUACUGUUCGCCGUCGUAUCGCUGCAUUCAGACUUGCACCAGUGCACUGGAGGGGCUAAAGCUCACGGGCAAGCAAAAAAUCAAGCUGGAGCCUGGUCUGUUUGAGUGGAUGGCCUGGUAUCCGAGCGGUGUCCCCGACUGGCUGACGAAGAACGAGUUAACCGAGGCCAAGUACGAGGUUGAUCUGAAUUAUGAGCCGGUGCAGCCUUCGUCUGAGCUAACUGCUCGCUUAAAGGAGUCCACCGAGCAGUUUUACGAACGUAACCAUGACGUUAUCCUCCAGCUGUUGGAGCAGACAACUGGCAAUAUUUUGGUUGUGGCCCAUGCCACCACACUGGACACUUGCUCGCGGCAACUAACCGGUGGAGUUCCACGCAGCACGAACGAAUUGCGCCAGGUCAUCCACAAGAUCCCCUACUGCAGCCUGGCAACGGUGGAACAGGUGGACGGCGUCUGGAAGCUGGUUGAACCCGAAUGUCUUCCGGUGACGCACUCAAAGAAUCCGCGGUUUGAGUGGAACGCCUUGUCGGCCACCUAGUGCCAGUGCUUAGAGCAGUUUCUCUGCAAGCAUUGAGACUGAUUGGAAUGGACUUGGGGGUGAAUCACACGCUGAAGGAACUAUACGUAAAUUUUUUGUUCGCUUAGCUAUUUGAAAUCCGUUGAUUUUCUGUUUAGAAAUUGGCUUUGCAUUAAGUUGAUUGUACUGCCAUACAAAUGCGAAGUAAUUUAGAUGUACACUUAUGAUGCAAAGCGUUGGAAUGCGAUUUUGCUGCGGUGCAUAAACAAUCCAUCUAUUAUAAUUGCCCUGCUUGUUGGGAAGUUAUUGCGACGGACUCAUACUUUAUUGCAAUCAAAGCGAUCUAUUGACUAUAUAUUGAAUAUAUACAUGUAUACCGUAUGCCAGUAAUUAUACUAAUUGAGCGCUAGCUCGCCGCUUUAGCCAUAGAUUAACUUGCCCUGUUACUAGCUUAGUUGUUAGAUCGUUUGAUUAGCCUUGCUGCGUAACGCAGCUUUUUUGUAGCCAUUUAUCCAAGAGGCAGACUUUUCUUAGCAACUUGUUGAGACUACUCCGUACGUAAAGCCCAAACAUAUAUCGAUAUUAUCGACUAGAUUUAGAAGUACAAAACCAUGUAACAACGCACAACAUAAUGGAACAAUAAACAGUACACAUUGAACACGUGUACGAGUAAUGCCAAAACAUUGAGGUGUAAACUCCAUUUCGCUUCCACGAUUCCCAAGAGGAAAGACGGACGAUAUUUUGCAUUGUCUUGUGCGACUCGGAAGGGGUCGACCUUUAUUUAAUGCGCAUAGAAUUAGAAUUAGUAAUGUAAUUGGUUUAGUUGUUAAAUCUAUAAUAUAAUUGCUGAACAUUUUACUUGAAUUA